GGGACUACCGAGGCGCUCCUGAAGGCAUCACAGUAGCCUGCGGCCUGAUGAUGUCAGUCGAAGGGUUGUAGGAGUUUCUGGGUGACCAUGUGUGCCGACAUAGAGUAGGCCUACUGCUGACCGUCAGCGGGCAGAAAGAAGAGGAGGGGAGGAAAAGUGUGUUUACACAGACGGCAAACUGCCUGGGGAAUCGUAGGGGAGAGGAAGUCAGCCGGCUCUGUGUCUGCCUGCUCCAACUUCCUGCUCAGAAAAAGAAAAAGCCCAGGAUCCUAUUUCAGUUCAGCACAACUGUGUAGACUAGAAGCCCAGAAGUAAGCAUGGAAAAACAAGGAAUCACACAAGCUUCUCCGUAAAGUUUCGCACAGGGACAAGACCAAGUAAGAGAUCGCAGGUAUGGACAGUGCCAUCACUUUGUGGCAGUUCCUGCUGCAGCUGCUACUUGACCAGACUCACAAACACCUGAUCUGCUGGACGUCCACAGAUGGGGAGUUCAAGCUCCUCAAGUCGGAGGAAGUAGCCAAGCUGUGGGGGCUGCGCAAAAACAAAACCAACAUGAACUACGACAAGCUGAGCAGAGCGCUGCGCUACUACUACGACAAGAACAUUAUCAAGAAGGUGAUUGGCCAGAAAUUUGUCUAUAAGUUCGUGUCUUUUCCUGAGAUCUUGAAGAUGGAUCCCCAGGCUGUGGAGAUGGGCCUGGCCACUGGUCGGUUUCCCCUCCAGGAAGGAGAGGCCCCUGAGCUGGAGGUAGAGGAGGAGGAAGAGGAGGAGGGGGAGGAGGAGGCCCAGAGGAGGACCCUGGCAGCCCUGGGGGCUCAGCAGUGUCGAAAUGACUACCUCCGUUCAGGUCUGUAUUCCUCCUUCAGCAUCAGCUCCCUCCAGAACCAGCCUGAGCUGCUCCGUGCCCUGCGGGAGCGCCAGGACGAGCCGCGCUCUGUCAUCCGCUUCGGCACAAACGCCAGUGACCAAAGCUCCCCUCCCUCCUCCAAACAUGAGCCUUAUGUCUCCCCCAGGCCAUCCAAACUCCCGUCUCUGUCCCAUUCCCCAACUUCCCCCCAUCCUGGCCAAAGCUGGAGCCCUGCAGUCAAGGAGGAGGAGGAGGACUCUGACCCAAACGCCCAGCCCCUCAACCUGUCAUCUGGACACCGAGAGCGAGCCCUGCAGUCUCCAGAGAAGAGGAGCAACAUCAGCAGUGGUAGGAGUAGUACUACUACUACCAGCAGUAGUAGUAACCAAGGAGAUGGACUCCCACCAAAGCACAAAAAGCCCAAAGCUCUGGAGAUCUCCGCCCCGUCCCUGCUGCUCGCUGGUAGUGACAUCGGCUCUAUCGCCCUGAACAGUCCGGCACUGCCCUCCGGCUCCCUCACUCCGGCCUUCUUCACCGCACAGACUCCCUCUGGUUUGCUGCUGGCUCACAGUCCGCUGUUGUCAGGGAUCCAUUUUUGGAGCAGCCUGAGCCCUGUCGCCCCACUCAGUCCAGCCCGUCUGCAGGGCCAUGGCUCGCUCUUCCAGUUCCCCAGCCUAAUCAACGGACACAUGCCUGUCCCCCUGCCAAACCUGGAAGGAACACCCGCCUCCAUGCUCAUGUCCCCCACCAUCCACAAAUCCUGAUCCAGGGUCUGUGUAAGAAGAUAAAACCCACUCACUUUCAUCCAUCUCAUGUUUGUCACAGUCAUCCUCAUCAUCAGCCGUCAACUUUCAUUUACUCCCAUGAAACAUAACGUGACCUCACACUUUUGCACUUGAGUUCCUUCAGAUUCGUGGUGAAAGCACUUGGUAAAAGCCAUAUGCCAUGAAGCCUGAGACGUCUGGCUCUUUGUGAUUAAUUACAGCACAAUUCCACAUGACUCUGUCCACUGUGGACAGUAGUGACGUGUAAAAACUCACCAGCUGCUCAUAGAGCCGAAGCCCCACCCUUUCUGCUGUGCCUCAUGGAAACUAACUUCAGAAAAAAUAGGAACAACGGUUAAUGAUGGGACAAAUUUUUUUUAUCGUUUGAAUUGUUUAUCAAUGUAAAAGAUCAUUUCAAGACAAAAGUCACAAUUAAAGAUAGUAAAGAAACAUCUAGUUUUGUGUUGAACAGCUGAACAAACUGCAUGUUUUGUCACGCGUGAUACCGCGUGAUACAUGUCACCAACAGCAAACCACUGUCUUUGUGCAUUUUCCCUUCUUCUUCGAGGUGGAGGUGAAAAAGUAUUAAAGAGGUGUAAAUCCAUCCAGUCUGGUCAUGCUGAAGCUGCAGAGACAUCUUCCGACUCUGUCCAUUAUAAUGACGUCACCUCCAUGUGUUUCAGGUGUAUAGUCUUUAUAUUUAUGUAUUUUCACAGUUUGAUACAUCAACAGUUUUACAACAAACUGCUUUAUAGACUAACAUUGUCUUUUAAACUGAAAAACAUCAUAUGUGUAAUUGAUACACAACACAAAUGGGAUCAAAAAUAAUCACCUAUCUUUUACUGUUGACUGUAAUAUUGUCUGAUGGGGCACCACCAGGGGAGGGACUUCAGCUUUCUGUUCUGUGCAGACAGCUUGGUCGUUUAAGCCUGUUUAAAAACUUCCUUUUCUUAACAUGGUCAUAGUGUGAAACUGGUGGUUUCAUGUUUGAUGUUGUAUGUAUUAUAUGCACUAUGCUUCUCAGAUAGUACCGGCUGUGCCUUGUCAUGUUUUUUUCCCCAAAAUCUUUAAAUGAAGACGAGAUUUUAAAUCAAAGAAAAAAGCCUUUGUAACACUUGUUUUUUUUUAUACUGGACUUGGUAUACAGUAUGUAUUCUGUAUGGUUUUGUAUGUGAAGAAUGUCUUGUUAUUUUCAAUAAAUGAAGCAUUGAAUGCUU